GGACAGGGAUAGGGGCAGGGGGCACCCCUGGGGAGGGCGUUGUCCCGGCUGGCAGCAGCCUGGAGAGCUGGAUGUUCCUGAAACCCGAGCCCGGGUUCUCCGAGCUGGAAAAGAAGCUCAAGAGCUUCUCCCAGAAGAGUGCAGUGCUCAAGGAGGUGCUGCUGGAAUUCAAGGGUGAGCCUUCAGCUGAUCUCUCCCUGGACCCCGACACGGCCAACCCCUACCUGGUGCUGUCGGAGGACCAGCGCAGCGUCCGCCUGCGCGGGGCCCCGCAGGAGCUGCCGGCGCACCCCAAGCGCUUCGACUACGCCUUCUGCGUCCUGGCCCGCGAGGGCUUCUCCUCGGGCCGCCACUACUGGGAGGUGGAGGUGGGCGACGGCGAGAGCUGGGUGCUGGGGGCCGCCCGCGAGUCCGUGCGGCGCAAGGAGAAGGUCGACUUCGCCCCCGAGGAGGGGAUCUGGGCGGUGGGGCUCAACUGGAAGGGCAAGAAUUGGGAUCAGUACCAGGCGUUCACCUCGCCCGAGACGCCGCUGUCGCUGUGCGAGCGGCCGCGCAAGGUGGGGGUCUACCUGGACUACGAGGGCGGCUGGGUGGCCUUCUACAACGCCGACACCAUGGCGCCCAUCUUCACCUUCACCGCCGCCUUCUCCGAGAGGAUCUUCCCCUUCUUCUGGCUCUUCUACGUCGGCUCCUCGCUGUCCCUCUGCAACUGAGGGGGUCUGCCCGUCUGCCCGAGCUGCCACCGC